CUUAACAGUAGUAGUCGAUGAUCGAUCUCUCUCUUUUAAUCAAGUCUCUCAUUUCUCGGCGCCAGUACCACUCAACUAUACCAUCACGAGAGCAUGACUCCUCGUGAUUGAUGAUUAUGCCAGUAAUAGGGAUUUCCUGGUAUCUAGUCUGGGAAUGCAUAUAAGGGAGCCUAGAAUUCCGCUUAACAGAGAGUUUAAGUUUCCGUCUUCGUUUUCUGAGCGAACGCCGGAUAUAAGAUCAUUAUCAUCAAAGGGUCCAUAAAGUAUAGAUGUCAUAUAGAAAUUGAGAGAUAUAGCCUAUAGUUGAACAUACUAGUAUACUGAGCAAUGAUCAAAGUAUUAAAAUUAUUUCAUCUACUCUGGAUACUAUGCCAGUUAUUCUUCGUCAGAAAUAGGUGAAGCUUGUAAAUAAUAUUCCUUUCCUCUGUCUUAAUAAUCAACGGACUUAAGAUAUUUCUUGCAAGGUAGGUGGAAAAUCGUGGGGUGCGCGUGGAAUAUAAUAUCUUUUUUUGGGGGAGGCUUAGGUUUUAGGUAUUACAUGAUCUCUAGGUACGACGACUAAAUGAAAAGAUUACGUAGGUCUUGGCGUAUUCUAGUGGAAAUAUUUUUACAAAGGAAUAAUCUGUUCGACGAUGCAUGUGAUUUGUGUAAUCAUCAUUCCUAAUACGAAGGUGGUAUAGAUUCCUAAUACGAAGGUGGUAUAGAUCUGUGUUCAAGAAAAAAUCCAUUCGAUAGUAUGAUAAGUAAAAAAGACCUUCAGAGUUGUGAUGAAGGGUAAAAAUUACGGUUGAGUAUACGACUUUAAAGUAUAAAGUAUUCUCGUAUAUGUAUAUUAAGCUAACCAGAGUAUACUGUUAGUCCUAAAAGGUAAUAUUAACAUGAUCUUUUCUCUAAUGAAUGACUUAUGGCACCAGCUUAAAUAAGGCAUCCCACCCUACCCUGGUAAUAAUGGCAAAUGGUUUAUAUACCAAAAAUGGAAGCAACAUCCAAAACUAACACAGGUGAGGAUACCUCAAAUCUCAAUUCAAAGUUUUCGUUAGUGGAGAUGUCCAUUGAUACUUUUAGCAAGAAGGAAGAAUUUACUGAGAGUGAAAAGCUACAGAUAACGAGUCUGGUCACUGAUAUUAUUGAGCCAUUGAGUUUUUCAAGAGAGUUUAUCUUUAUAGAUUCCUUUUUCUCACAAAAUACUAGGGUGUUCACCUCUGAGGAUGCGUUGAAUAAAUACAAUUUGUUCAAAAAUUCUAAGGAUGGCGACCAAUUUCAAACUUCAGCUGCGCUCCAUGCACAAGGACUUGCUCUUCCACUUUUGGAAUUUGAGUACAAGUAUUGUUUGGCUUUUGGAAAACAUGAGUAUAUGUCAGUGUUCAGAUUUCGCCCCCCUUCUAAGGAAGAAUCAAGAUUGUUCAAUAAAAAGGUUGACAAGUAUCUAUUUUGCUCAGUGGAAAGAACCUGGUACGCUAGUUACUAUAAGUACCGCUUGAAAUUCUAUCCAAAUCCUCAGGAUUCUACAAACAGUUUUGAGAUUAUUUUGAUACAUCACUAUAGGAAUCAAAUAGUCGACACUUCCAUUUAUAAUGGGACUCGAUAUAGAUGGAUUCAUUCUUAUUCUUGUGGACUACGCCAAGGGUGGAAAUAUGCUUUACAGGUUUUAGACAAUGACAAACCAUCACUUUCAGACGGGAUGUUACCAAAUGGAGAGGUUGCGAAUGAUAAUCCUUUACUUGGAUCUAAUUUCGCAAAUUUAAUACUUCCGAGAAGAAUUCUCAACAAUUCACUGUUCGCAUCCAAAGUCGAUAUUGGGACCUUAUUAGAUUUUAAAACUUUUCUUCCCCAACCACAAGCGAAAGCUGCCAUUUUCCAAUUUCAAGAUAAUGUCCCCAUAAACAUUGAUUCCAUCACAGACGUCUCAAUUGAUGCUUUAGUUUUUAUAUGCAUGAGCUCUAUAAUCAAAAGGGUUGAAAAGGAUAAAGAAGCAUCUAAUGGCUGAUGGUGUGUGAAGUUCAUAAAGUAGACACACUAUCUUCAUCACGUGAAUCGGCGUCGGUUCAGACUUUCCGCGUUUCACUGGCCGAAUGGCCGAAUGGCCGAAUGUAUCCCUGACUUUUAGUAUAUACACAGGACCGAUUUUGAACGGCAUCCACUGUGGUGUACCAAGUUGCUUAUCUAUUGUAUUUUCUCGCAAUAGUGGGGGCGGGAAAUUAGAUGAAAGAUACGAAUAUUGAGAGACCUAAAAUACACAAGAAUAACCCAAUAUGAUGGAAAGGAUAUUGGAGAUCAAUGUUAACAUAUCAAUUAUGAACAGGAGCAAGGAGUUAUGAAAUUCCUACUGAAAAUUGCCUCCGUCGGUGGUCGGUCGACGUAGCCCUCUUUCUAAGGGUGUUUCAUCGGUAAACAGUGGCUCUGGUACCUAAGGUAAUUCAAAUUUCAUGGAAUACGGGAAUAAAAAACGAAUGAUACCUCUUUUUCGAACAAAGCAUAGAGAAUAAUCAGGGAAUUCAUUAAGUCAAAAUAAAUUACCCUAAUAAUACGAACUUUCCGAUAUUUGGGCCCUUAUCUGAUUAGCGGAAUAUUUAUCUUUUUAUUCUUACUUAAGAACUUGAUAUCAUUCGGGUGUGUGUUUAGUAUCGGAA